AUGUCAUGUUUAUCCACAGGGCCCAAGAAGAAGGGAGCCGUGAUUUCUCCCAAGCCUUCCCCUGACCUGGCUGUGCGUAUUCUUGUUGCAAGUACUCCAGGAACAGCCAACAAGAAAGUCAAAGCUCCUGCUACUAUCAUGAAUGGCAUUUCCAGUGGGGCUAGUAUCGCAGAUUCUGCCCUUUACAAUGGGACCCAACGCCAUCCAAGCAGCAACAACAAUACACUAAAGGAUGAGAAAUCAGAUCUUGGCAAGAAGAAUGGAAGAACAACAGCCUUGGUAGGCAACACUGGUGAAAUUGGUGGGGUGCAACUGGCUGCCAUUCUCAGGUGCAUUGACAACUGCCUUAGGUAUUGUGCAGGAGGAAUCGACUGUGAUUUCUUUAGGUUCAAAGGUUGA